AUCAGAUGAGAAACCAACCACUCCUCGUCUAAAUGUUCCAGCAUACACUGGCAAUGUCAGUACCUAUUAAACCACCUCACACAUUUCCCACCCAGAAAAACUGAAAAAGCAGAGCAACCCCCCUGCACUGCACAUUUCACUACAGCACUCCAUUCCUCUGCUUCCCCUCCCCCCUUGGAGUAGUUCUCUUAUCUCCCUCCAUCAAUGCCACCACCGUUCAAAUCUCCUCUUUAACUCCCCUGCACACGUACUAGUACCUACGUACGCUCAAGUGCUUGUUCCUCUACCAUGCCACUCCACUCUCACGUCGGCCAGCUCCUAUUCCUGCUGCUGCUAAUUCUUUCCACCGCAAUUCCGGACGCUGUCUCCUCAUCCUGCGCCGGCCGCGACCGGGACGACGCGGCCAUCGUCGCGGCCGCGUUCCGGCACGUGCGCAACUUCCAGCCCUCGACCGUCCCGGCAUGCACGCCGGUAACGGAGCUGCGGCUGCCCUCGCGGAACCUCACGGGCGCCGUGGCGUGGGCGGCGCUCGCCAACCUCUCCGCGCUCGCCACGCUCGACCUCUCGGGGAACGCGCUGCGGGGCGCCAUCCCCGGCGGGUUCUGGCGCGCGCCGUCGCUCCGCACCGUGGACGUGUCAAGGAACCAGCUCGGCGGCUCGCUGCGGGUGGAGGAGCCGAACCCGCGGCUGCUGUCCCUCAACGUCUCCGGCAACCGCUUCACGGGCGUCUCCGGGGUGGACGGCCUCGCGGUGCUCGACGCACUCGACGUGUCCGCCAACAGGAUCCGGCAGGUGCCGCAGGGGCUGGCGCGGCUGGCGCGGGUGAGCCGGCUCGACAUCUCCGGGAACGCGAUGCAGGGGACGUUCCCUGGCGACCUGCCGCCGCUCGACGGGGUCCGUUUCUUGAACGUGUCGUAUAACAGGUUAAUGGGCGUGGUGAAAGUCGGAGCCGUGAAGAAGUUCGGGCCCUCGGCGUUCGUCCACGCCGGGAAUGCUUCGUUAGUAUUCUCCAAGGAGUCCACCCCACGGCCGAAGCAAGCUCCAGCGCGGACGCCGACGCCGACGCAUGGAAGAAGUAAAAACAAGAAGGACCCUGCGAGGACGGAAAAGAGUACGGCGACGAGAAGAAAGAAGCAUCCGAACAUGGUCGUGGUGGCGGUGGUGUGCGGGGUGGCGUCCGUGGCCGUUCUGCUCUGCUUGGUCCUGUGCGUGGCGUGCGGCGUGCUCAGGCGCAGGAAGAAUGGAGGGAAAGACGAGGAGGAGAAGAAGGUGCAGCAGAGGGGUGGUAACGAAGAAGAGGUGACGGUGGCGGCGGCGGCAACGGCGAAGGGCGCAUCUGCCGCGCCGGUGGUUCUGUUCGAGCGGCCGCUCAUGGAGCUGACGCUGUCCGACCUGGCCGCGGCCACGUCCGGCUUCGGGCGCGAGUCCCAGCUCGCGGAGCGCGGCGGCCGCAGCGGCGCGGCGUACCGCGCCGUCCUACCGGGAGACCUACACGUGGUCGUGCGCGUCGUAGAGGAUGGCAGCAUGGGCCGGGCCGAGGAGGUCGGCGACAACCCGGCGGCCGCGUUCCGGGAGCUGGCGCGGCUCCGGCACCCCAACAUACUUCCGCUCCUUGGAUACUGCAUUGCAGGUCGGGAGCAGUUGCUGCUAUACGAGUACAUGGAGAAAGGCGACCUCCACCGGUGGCUGCACGAGCUGCCGUCAGGGUGGCCGGACGACAUGGAGGACACGGGCGGCGGCGACAUCUGGGAGACGGCGGAGGACAAGCGGUCCAUAUCCGACUGGCCGACGCGGCACCGCAUCGCGCUCGGGGUGGCCCGGGGCCUGGCGUUCCUGCACCAAGGGUGGGCCGGGUCGGGCCGGGCCGUGGUGCACGGGCACCUGGUGUCCACCAACGUGCUCCUCGGCGACGACCUGGAGCCGCGGAUAUCCGACUUCGGCCGCGGAGGCGAGGAGCAGGGGACGCCGGAGGGGGACGUGUACGGCUUCGGCGUGGUGGUGCUGGAGCUGAUGACGGGGCAGGCGAGGUGGGACGAGGCGUCCGUGAGCUGGGCGCGCGGGAUCAUCCGGGACGGCAAGGGGCUGGACAUCGUGGACCCGAGGGUGCACGGCGAGGCGGCGGCAGGGCCGGAGGCGGAGCGGGAGAUGGUGGAGUGCCUGCGGGUGGGGUACCUCUGCACGGCGCACUCGCCGGACAAGAGGCCGACGAUGCAGCAGGUAGUGGGGGUGCUCAAGGACAUCAGGCCUGACGGUGGUCCGCUGCACUGCCAGCGCCUAGCUGCGUGCGUGCCUCUUCUGAUGAGCCACCAACACAUGCAGGCGUCGUGUGCUGCCUUCCCCGCUUGAGUACAUGAAUCAUAGGCUUUACAGCUUCGUAUUUUUUUCUUUCCUUUGCACAACGUGUAUGCAGCAAUAUUCCUAGCCGGUAGGAACAGUUGAGUUCAGAACCUUUUUCUCG